AUGAGGUUCUUCAUGGACCUGUGGCGAACGGGACAUCUAAGGGACGUCGCUGAAAUUGAUUUCGUGUCUCGUAUGAGCAUCAUCUCAUGGAGGUAUUUGUCGCUUUUCAAUCUACUCGCCCCCCAGGUGCCAAGUGCUGCGAGACACCUCAAUUCUGCCUCGUCAUCGUUCGAUGUCAUUUCUUGGGCUUCAUCCCCUUCAUGUAAUCUCGGUGGAUAUCAGUCGAACCGAUGGGAGUUGUUUGUGAAUGGAAACCCUAAGCAGAACCCCACGUUCAUUUGGCAAGGGUCCAAAUACGCGUUGCUACAAAUUGCAGAGACGAACCGACAACGAUAUCUACAAACUGAUAGACAGAAACACCAUUUGGCACGGCCUCGGACAACUGCAAACACAAAAGAUACAACUAUAAUCCUCGAAUCCCAUAAUCACUACGUUUCAAUCACGACCAUCCUCAAAUAUUCAUGCACGUAUCUCGUUGGUCGGGCCGACAGUGAGCAUACCGUGAGGGAGGGUUAUUUCGAGAGCAGGAGUUCAAGCAAUAUGCCCGAGCUACAUAACGUCUCUAGACCAGAGCACCGUCAGUUGAUGUGGCGGUGCCUCCAAACUUCAAUGUCUCAACCGAAUGACGCCGCAAAUCCAAGACAGCUGAGGAGAGCAACGGGUCCCGCCGAGGUCCACUUACCGUCUCAGAGGUCAGCGAGACACAUAUUCCACAGAUGUCUGAUUGGCGACGAUGACGACGUUGGGCGAGGAUGUUAA